AUGGCAGAGACGCGUCGCAGCGCCCCCAAUGUUUUGUCGAAGGACAAGGAUGUGAAGUCUCCUCCAAGCUCGACUCCGCAGAACGGAAUACAUGUUCCAAAUCCCUCGUUUUCCUUCAAAUCUGAAUUCGCAUUGCCUGCCACGCUGAAGAUGCCACCGCCCCAUUCCUCUUUUCUUGUUGCCCCUGCCACCCCGGUUUCUCCACUUCCUGGAACCGACCCAUCUUCCAAGCCAUACGCCCCGGAACCCUCUGAUCCGACACCUGCCACUUCCGCACCUCCUGCCGCCUCUUCAUCCGCCCCAGUCACAGAAACCUCUAAUGACUCUGACUCUCCAGCAACCGCCGUUGCCCUUCCGCAUCCGCGAAACAAAGUCUUCUCUAACAACGGUCUCGUCAGGUCGAUUGUUUCAUUUGUUCGUCUGGAAACGAGUUACAUCGAGUCUCCAAAGGAUAGACAAACUCUUCUUUGGAUAGCGCUCGCGUGCAAACCAUUCUUCGAGCCUGCAAUGGAUCUUUUAUGGGCGCAAAUGACUUCGCUCAUACCGCUGUUCCGGUUGAUUUCUGGUUUCAUGAGAGUAAAUGAUACUUACAUCUUCGCCAAUCUCAUUCGCGAACAACAUUUGCGGUCGUACAACAUAUACGCUCCACGUGUCAAACAUCUAAAACUCGGAAAUUUCGCCGAAGAUAUCUCCCAACAUGUGUAUAUGGCACUGUCGCGUCUUCUGUCCAAGCAGUUGCUGCCAAAUCUAGAGAAGCUUUCGAUCCCGUCGUUGCAAAGCAUCUCUUCAACGAACCUCGACAGCCUUCUUCUGUUAACGUCGCCUUCACUUAAAGAGGUCUCUAUCAGAGAGAUAAUCAAGUCUAACGAAGUCGUGGCAUCCUCCUUCCUGUACCAUUUGUCACUAGAUGCUCCUACCAUCUCCACUCUCUCAGCAUCGGGGCGCUUCUCCUUGAGCGCUCUCCAACUCUUCGGCAGUUUUAGCGGCCUCGAACACCUACAUAUCGAGACCGAAGGAACGACAUUAGAUGCAUCUAUGUUCGAGGGCCUCUCGAAGGUAACGUCGCUGAAGACAUUAUACAUCAAGAUAGACGACAACCCACUGUCCUUCAAGGUUUGGACAACAAAAUUGGAGCGCCUUCAAACUCUCUUGUUGGAAGGACCCGCCGACCAGAUUACUAAGAUCGUAGAUGGUGUCCAUGCCCCACAUCUAGGUACUGUGUCUAUCACGUUGCACAAGGACAGCUUUCUUUGGGCCAACCUAGGAAAGAUUCAGUCGAUAGACGGGGCACCGAUACGUGCGUGGCUCCAGAAAUGUGUUGAGAGGUCAGAAGCUCUCCAUACCUUCAUCCUCGACACGAGCCGGGUGCCUGUCGACAUACCAUGGCUCACCAUCAUGCCUCCUCGCCCACCGAUUCAUUUCAAACGCUUGGAAUUCAAAUGUGGUUCUUGCUCGUUCUCGUCCAAGGACCUUCUCGCGCUCUGUGAUCCAGCCCAUGGGUGGAAUAAAUUAGAGGUCCUAAAGGUCACGCCUCUGCUCGCAUUGCCAGGGAUAUCCAUCAACGGACGCCACCCAACGGUCUCUCUCUCCUCCUUGAAGAAUGUGGCAAAAAACUGCGCAAACCUCAAGACCCUUCAACUUCGGGUCGAUCUUUCUGGAGGUUCAGACAUACUCUCAUCUCUCGAGACUCAAAAUGGUUUUCCAGCUGCUCACAGUUUGCAAGAACUGGAGUUGUUUGGACCAACGACGCGGAUGAACAACAUCAAGCAGAGCGUCGUGGUCGCUCGCUACAUUGAUCGACUAUUCCCUCGUCUUCAGCGAAUUGUUGUCUCGGACGAGGGGUCGUUAACAUCGCCGCUUAGUUGGGAGAAUUUAGGUUGGGGCUCAGGGAUCCAAGCAAUGAUAAAAUCCUUCCAGGAGAUUCGAGAUGAAGCUGCCCCUCCCACGAACGAGCUGGUGAAAACGACGAAGCACUCUCUAUUCACAUGA